UCCGGGCCAGGCACGCUCCCCUGGAGGCCUGCGCCACAUCCUUCUCCUGUCUUCCCCUGGCCGCCUGGACAGGGCCGGUGUCACCCGUGGAUGAGCCACCGAACCUCCUCCUCCUUCAGAGCGGAGAGAAGCUUCCACUCCUCCUCCUCCUCCUCCUCCUCCUCCUCUUCCUCCUCCUCCUCCUCGGCCUCCCGGGCCCUCCCAGCCCAGGACCCCCCCAUGGAGAAGGCCUUGAGCCUGUUUUCUGAGGAUUUCGGCAGCUUCAUGCGACCCCACUCGGAGCCCCUGGCUUUCCCAGCCCGCCCCGGGGGGGCCGGCAACAUCAAGACCCUGGGGGACGCCUAUGAGUUUGCAGUGGAUGUGAGGGACUUCUCCCCCGAAGACAUCAUCGUCACCACCUCCAACAACCACAUCGAGGUGCGGGCUGAGAAGCUGGCAGCAGAUGGCACGGUCAUGAACACCUUUGCUCACAAGUGCCAGCUGCCGGAGGACGUGGACCCGACCUCGGUGACCUCAGCCCUGCGGGAGGAUGGCAGCCUCACCAUCCGGGCGCGGCGUCACCCGCACACAGAGCACGUCCAGCAGACCUUCCGGACGGAGAUCAAAAUCUGAAGGCCUCCCCCACCCGCCCUCCCAGCCCACCUCCCCUGGCCUGCCAGACAAGUCUCCCGGUCCCUCCAYGACGGCCCGCAGGACAUCACAGCCCCCCGAAGCCCCAGGCCCCAGGCGGGCCAUCCCUUCCAACCAAGGCCCUCCCCUCUGCCCAGGCAGGCCAGGGACCUCCUUGGCCCACCCAUGGACCCCAGAUUAAUUAAUUAAUUCAGAAUACAGGGGUUGGGAGGGGCAGGGAGGUCCCAAAGAACCUAUUUUGGGAAAACAGGAUGGGGACAGGCAGGGCUUUUGGGCGAAUCAUCUGCAGGACACACAGGCAGACAAAUCCUUUGAUCUGUGGAGUCUCUGCAAGGCAGGGGCAGGGUCUAGGGAUGGGAACUGCCCUGGCCAAGCGGGCAGAACAGGGAAGGCCAGACAGAGGUGGUCACCUGGAUGGAACUGCAGGAGGGCCCACGGAGGCCAGGAGUCGGCCAUCCUGGAAACCUCCCUCUGCCGCCCUCCAAGCCCCAAACCAGAUGGCAGGCUGCCCGCUGCCCUGUGCCCCAGCCAGCCAGCUGUGCGAGGGCUGGGCACUGUGUGUCUGUGCACAGAUGGGUUUUUCCAAUACAGCUGGCUGGUGGUAAACAGUGUGAAACUCCUGCUGCCCCUACCUGCUGCUGCCUCCAGGUGAGGCUGGGCCCAAAUGAGGCUGUUCCUACAGCAGACAGGACCCCAGGGUGGGAGUGAGAGCGGGGAUGGCCAGUCGGACCCAGCCUCUUGCAGCCCUCCCUCUCCUUAAUCUAGGAAUCUAGAGGUUGGUGUGUAUAUAGCACACAUGCACACACACACACACACACACACACACACACACAUCUCAUCACUGUCCUUCAAAUACUUGGUGGGGGCAUUAACCUUGGUGGGGGCUGGAUUCAGAGCGAAUAAAAUCAGCUGAAGCCUGGGAACUGCGGCAGAAACUGGUAAUCCCAGCAACUCAGGAGA